AUUUCAUAACCUUUUCACUCCACGCGGAACUGCUGGUUGCGAAGUAAAUACCUACACACAUUAAAAAAAAAAGGAUAGAUAAGGUUGGCGAAACUUACUAUAUUAAGAUUUCUUCGAACCUGCGAUUUUACGUCUACCGGAGUUCCACAAAUAAUUAUAUUACAAACUUUAUAUUCUUUGUUUUUAUAAUGUUUCGAUCACUUGCUCCACUGUACUUACAAGGCAGAAAAUUGAUUGUCACUGCAACUGGAUCAUUGGCAAAAACAAAUAAUACAUUGAUAACAGAAUGUGUACGUAAUUUCACAGUGAGUUCAAAGUUGCUUAGCAGUUGGCCACAAAUUCAGAAACCUGCACCAGAAUUUUCUGGUACCGCAGUAGUUAAAGGCGACUUUAAGGAAAUUAAACUUAGCGACUAUAAGGGGAAAUAUGUUGUUCUUUUUUUCUACCCAUUAGACUUCACAUUUGUUUGUCCAACGGAAAUUAUAGCAUUUAGUGAAAGAAUAUCAGAAUUUGAAGGGUUACAUACACAAGUGAUUGGAGUUUCAACAGAUUCACAUUUCAGCCAUUUGGCAUGGAUUAAUACUCCUAGGAAACAAGGUGGCCUUGGAGGAGACUUGGGUUAUCCUCUUUUAAGUGAUUUCAACAAGGAAAUAUCAAAUAAAUACAAUGUUCUGUUGCAAGACUCGGGUAUUGCGCUUAGAGGUCUUUUUAUCAUAGACAAGGAGGGAAUUCUUCGACAGUUUAGCAUCAAUGAUCUUCCGGUUGGUAGAAGCAUUGAAGAAACUUUGAGAUUAAUCAAGGCUUUUCAAUUUGUUGAGAAGCAUGGAGAAGUGUGUCCUGCAAACUGGCAGCCAGAUUCCAAAACUAUUAAACCAAAUCCAAAAGACAGCAAGGAGUACUUUGACUCAGUUAAUUAAUUUAGGUAAUACAUUUAAUGAUUUCUUUAAAGGGCAGACAUAUACGAUAUAAUAGAUUAUGUUAAUUAUGUAAUUUAAUAUGAUAUAGCUAUAAUGUAUAUAAUAGAGAUAUGUAUAAUAAUAUUAAUAUUUCAAUUACUUACUAUAUAAAAUGAACAAAAUCAAAAAUAUAUCAUAAAACAAU